CGCAACCAUUUCGCGACUGAGGGCGCCAGGUACACUGUACAUUGAGCGUUGACCAACGUGACUGCGCCGACGACACCAACGUGACUGCGCCGACGACACCACCUUCUUCAGCGGCUUGCCCAGUGUUGUACUACCCAUGAGCCAGCGCAGCGAGGACAAACACCUUCUGGGAUGGGCGCGUAGCCUCUGGAAGACAGGCAAGUCGCGCAAGACAGGCGCAACAACGCCAGCGCACGACGAGGCCGUCAACUCGAUGGCGCACCCGCUUCGCCGGUGCGAGCCGGCGCCGACAGCCGCCACACGCCGCGUGACGGUGCGCACGGCCACCCGGCGACCACUGAGCAACCUCACGAGCAGUAACGACGACCGCGGCGCCGCGAACCGGAGCACGUGGCCAUGGGCGCUCCUCGACAACGUCGAGACAUCGUCGCGCAUGCAGUUAGUCGAGCGUGGCCAGGACGCACUGCGUCGUCUCCAGCGCGAGUGCUCGUCGCGCGCGUCGUUUGAAGCGCGGCGCAACACGACCGACCGGGACGAGUCGGUGCUCGCGGUGCACGAACCGUCGCGGCUCGUAGCAACGUACAACCAGCGCACGCAGCUGUACACGGUGACGUCGAGCUUGGAGAUCGCGGCCAAGCUCAGCGAAGUGCAAGACCUUAUUGCUGGCAACAACGGCGACAUGCUCUUGUACCGCAUCUUUGGCGACGAUUUGCAGCGGCUCGAGCUCGCGCGGCUCGUCUACACGGACAACGACCUCAAUUGCAGCGUGCGCAAGGCGUGGUUUCGCGAGCGCGGCCUCGGGCGCAACCUCAAGGAGCUCUUCUUCCUCGACCACAUGGAGCCGCUCUCGGCUACUUCGUUUGGCCGGAUUUGCAAAUCCAUCGACAGCGGAAGCCACCCAACAAAGCUCAACGCGACCACGAUCCUCCCGCGGUACACACACGUUCUCUUUGGCUUGCAUUUGGAAGCGACGUCGCCCAAGUCGGUGCGCCUUUCGUUCUACGCCGAGCAUUGCGUGUACCCGCCGCAGCUCGCGUCGUCGGCCGACGUCCGGUCGCGGCUCGAGAGCAUCGGCGAAAACAUUCUCGUGGUCCAGCAGACGCUGCUGCGGAAGCGGCUUGGCUCCCGCCAGCUGCACGUCGAGCGCCGACCGGAUGUGCCGUUGACGCUCGACGCUGCGUGCCGUGUCUGCACCAAGGUCUUUCAUUUCUUCCGGCGGCCGCUUAUCUGCAGCGUGUGUCUCGCUCCGACAUGCCACGAGUGCACGGCCAUGGAGGACGUCGAGAGUCCAAAUGGACUCGAGUUUCGCGUCCCGAUCUGCUGCGCCUGCGUCGACGCCGUCCAGCACGACGUCGCAAGCACGGUCGCGCCCGCGUACGCCCAGGAGACGCUGGACGACGACGAUGGCAACUGGAGCGAGAGCAGCUGGGGCGUCUCGAUCGUGCAAGCACCCAAUGCGUCGCGCUUUGAGCCUUCGAGAGACACGCCGUGCACACAAUGCGCACAGGCGCGGGGGCCGCUGCACCCGUGUGGCGUCUGUAGCCAGCUCUUUUGCCGCGCGUGCGUGUCGCCGCAGGCGGUCACGACACGGCGCGGCAGCCUCUCGACGUUCGACCUGCUCGUCUGCGGCAGCUGCAACCACCCAUCCCGGCGAAAACCCGUGGACGAGUACCCUUGGGACACGAACACGUACAUCUCAAACGACGAGUUGUCGCCGUUGUCGUCGCCGACGUCGUCGUUUCUGGCGUCGUCGCACCAGCCGUCGUCGAUCGUGCUCGAGAGCGACGCGCGCACGAGCAUCCAAAGCAGCGCGAUCGACGCGCUUCGGGAAAGCGCGUGUUUGGACAUGGGUUCAACACCGUACCACGAUGCGCUCUGUGCCCAAGCGCUCGACGAGCUCGAGGUCGCGCACGCCGCCGUGUGCCUCAUCUACAAGGAGGCGUUCAUGCUCAAAGGCGUCGCCGGCACCGGGUACAUUCCGACCACGAUUCCGUCGCGCUGCGAGCUCAACCUGGCGACGCUGCAGUCGCUCGACGAGCCGACGAUCGUGCCCGACGCGUCCGUGGACGUGCGCUUCAAAGAAUCGCCCCGCGUCCUCGGCAAAGAGAGCAUUCGGUUCUUUGUCGGGAUGCCCAUUGUGACGCUCGAAGGCAUUUUGCUCGGGACCGUCACGAUCGCCGAUACGGCGCCGCGCCUGCGCUUCCACGCCCAACACAUUCAAGCCAUGCACAAGUUUGCACAAGCCGUCGUCGACCUCGUCGAGUACCGACACCGCACGUCGACCGCGCUCUCGAAAAGCAGCGCCGAGUCAGACCCAUAGUUUCUAGUAACCACCGUAGUCUAGUCGUAUGUUGUAGCAUACGUCCUUUCGUCUGCGACAACCACCGACGUCGGUCAGCGUGACACGAAAUACGCGUGCUUCCGCGGUACCAUCGUG